AUGGCGGGUCUCCGCAUAAGAGGAGACACAAGCGGUGCCCUUAAGAAGAACACCGAUGGAUCCCAGCCGAUCCCAGCCGAUCCCAGCCGAUCCCAAGCGAUCCCAGCGGCUACUACUACUAGCCCCAGCAGCAGCAGCAGCAGCCGCAGCAGCACAGCAGCAGCAGCAGCAGCAGCGGGUCUGCAGCAGCAGCAGCAGCAGGAAUGCAACAGCAACUGA